CUUUUGAUGGAGCUCUGAUGCAUUUUAAUUCAUUUUUAGAGAGAAAUGAGUGGGAAAAGCCGCUGAUCAGUGCUGUCCACGGCGGUGAGGAGGUGAGGUUUGGAGGCUCCUCAAACACAACACAGAGAUCAUCAGAGCUCUACAUGACUUCAAUAUGAAGAGACACUAGUCCGCUAUCGGCUCCCUUCACCGUCAGCCUUCAGUACUUCUUCCACAUUUAGUUUUGAGUCUUUAUCAGUGAAGAGAAAACACAAGUGACUCUGCUUUCAGACUGCACUGAGGAGUCCCGGGCUGGGUUGAGUCUCCACGGUUCUCAUGGUGUGUUUAAGUGCAGCCCCGUGCUCUGAGCUCUUCAACAGUCAGUCAGACUCUCGUGUUCUCGUGACUACUAACACAACGAUAGAAAAUGGCAGAAGUAGCUCCAGCUCCAGCCCCCGCGGCGGCCAAAGCAGCGAAGAAGAAGGUGUCCAGGCCGAAGAAGGCUGGUCCCAGCGUCGGUGAGCUCAUCGUUAAAGCUGUGGCCGCAUCCAAGGAGCGGAGCGGCGUGUCUGCUGCCGCCGUGAAGAAGGCUCUGACCGCCGAUGGAUACGAUGUGGAGAAGAACAACUCCCGCGUCAAGACCGCCAUCAAGAGCCUGGUGACAAGGGGGACUCUGGUCCAGACCAAGGGGACCGGGGCCUCUGGCUCCUUCAAGAUGAGUAAGACGGCUGUCGAGAAACCGGCAAAGAAAACCGCUCCUACAGUCAAGAAGCCCGCAGCUAAGAAACCCGCAGCGGCCAAAAAGACCAAGACAGCGGCGGUAAAGAAACCAGCAGCAGCCGCUAAGAAAUCACCCAAGAAGGCAAAGAAACCCGCAGCGGCCAAGAAACCCGUCAAGAGCCCAAAGAAGGUAGCCAAGAGCCCCAAAAAGGCCACCAAGAGCCCCAAGAAGGUGGUCAAAAAGGCCCCCGCAGCCAAGAAAGCCCCCGCAAAGAAGGCUGCCAAGCCCAAAGCCAAGAAAGCAGCACCCAAGAAGAAGUGAGCUGUUAUCAGUCUGAAGUACCAACGCUCCUAUAAAAGGCUCUUUUAAGAGCCA